AUGGAGGAGAGGAGAGAACCCGCGGGUGGCAAUUUUAAUGGUGGUUUUAAGGAAUUCAUUUGUGAAGAAGACUUCGACGACGAAGAGCAUCCUCCUCAUCAUCAAUCUAACAGGCACCAAGUGUCCAUGUUUACUAUGAGUCCUGGGAGACGUUACAGACUGGCUGCAGGGAGCCUGGCCCUUCUUGCUGCUGUUUUGCUGAUAGUUGAUAUCGGCCUGGGAGUCCAUUACAACAAACUCACAGAUUCUCACCUCACGCUCGAUGAUACCGAACGCAUCAGCAAAGAGCUGGUCGUCCUCCAGGACACUUACAAGACUGCAGUGGAAACCAUGAAGGACGCCAGGAAGCAGCUGGACAGCGAGAUGAGCCAUCAGACACAAACCAACUGGGAGUUUGAACACCAGACAAAACGAAGCAAUGACUAUAAAAGUCAGAUGGAAAAAAUCACAAAGGAAAUUGAAACCUCAAGAUCACGCUUAUCAAUGAUUAGCGAUGGCUGCAAACACUGUCCUGCAGGAUGGAUUUUAAUGAACUCUGUAUGUUACUACUUCCCUUUGAAAUCAAAUGAAAUCAAAACAUGGAAGGAAUCCAGAGAUUUCUGUCAGCUGCAGGGAGGAGAUCUUAUAAUCAUAGACAGCCAAGACAAAGAGACCUCGACAGUAAAUUUCCUAAUAAAUCAUCAAGCUGCCUCCGAGCCCCCGACAGGCUUCUGGAUUGGACUGAAGGAUUCCCAAGAGGAAGGGACUUGGAAAUGGUUGGAUGGAACAUUUCUCGUUCAAGGGUACUGGAACGAUGGAGAGCCGAACAAUCUCAAUGAUGAAGACUGUGCAGCCGUGUAUCCCAGAGUAAACUUCUUCAAAGCUUGGAAUGAUGUUAGAUGUGGAGUCAAAAUGAAAUGGAUUUGUGAAAAAGCGCCAAAAUCCAUGAGCUAAAAUUUUUAAUGAGGCAUACAGUCUUAGAUAUGCAAACACUAUCACCAAAUCACUGUAAGCAUUUAAUUAUCCAGUUUUCUUUAAAUCUUCCAGUUAACAUGUAUAAGGUGGUUUUACUUUGUCUUCAUUUUAUUUUCUGCACCUCUCACUGUUUCUUUUGCUCUCUCUCUUUAACACACACACACACACACACACACACACACACACACACACACACACACACACACACACACACACACACACACACACACACACUGAUCCUACUGAUUUUCCCUCCCCAUUCCUUUUAUAUAUAAUUUUCUUGAGUUUGUUUAAUAAAAUGACUUUACUAA